AUGCAGUGUAAUGUAAAUGGUGAUGAUGAAGCACUAUCUCUGGCCACAAUGAAGGAGAUUGAAUGGCUUAACCAUAUGAGGCAGCAUGUAGAAGAACACCAACAGAUAGACAAAGAGGAUAAUUAUGCAACCCACUGUUGCCAAGCAAGCUGGAAAUGGAAAAGCCCCUAGCAAAAACAGAACAGCAAUGGUAUCAUGGUCUGCUUUCCACGGAGAACGACAGAAACACUUCAACGCACGAUGCCAGAGUUCGUUGCUUCCUCUUUUUGCAGAAGCUGCUCAUUUUAUAGCCAUGAUCAUGCAUGCCAUAACUGUUGUUAUGAAAGCUGUUUAA